UUCCACCAAACACCAACCCUUUAACUUUAUCUCCCUUCCACAUUUCCCUUCUUUUUUCUUGUGUCAUCAUAUUCAUUCUUCUCUCAAUGUGAUCACUUAAACUCACCUAUGGCUACUCUCUUUCGUCCCCUUUUCUCUACUUUCUCCUCUCUUGUAUUCCUCUUACUUCACCUUGGCUGCUUCAUCUUCUCCCCUUCAUCCUCUUCCCAAAAUCACCCUUCAAAAAAACGAAAACUCUCUUCUCAUCGCGAUUCUUCACCGCCGCCGCCCCCGACUCGUCUCAAAAACUCAACAACCAACGCUAUUUCCUCUUCCUGGACUUACAUCAAACGUAUUUUCUCAUCCAAUAAACCAAACCCAGUACAAAAAAUCAAAAGCCCAACUCACCAUAACCCUUCAAUCCCAUCUCCCUGUUCUUCCACAAGGUCCCUUCAGAAACCCAUUUCAUCAGACGACCCGAUUAACCGCUUGAUUUCUCCAAUACCCGAAUCUGAUAUCACCUCCGAUCAAUUAUUCUUCCCUUUACGAAACGACAUCUACCCAUGUACCUUAUGUGGGGAAGUAUUCCAAAGCCCAAUUCAUCUCGAGCAACACCAAUCGAUUAAACACGCAAUUUCCGUGCUCACAGAUGGGGAUUCGGGUAAUAACAUAGUUCGGAUCAUUUUCCAAACGGGUUGGUCCGACAAAGCGAAGAACCCGACUAUCAAUCGAAUCCUUAAGAUUCACAACAGCAAACGGAUUCUGACCCGGUUUGAAGAAUACAGAGAAAGCGUAAAGAUGAAAGCCAGUCGAAACGCCGUCGUUAAGAGAGACGAAAGGUGUAUAGCUGAUGGCAAUGAGCUGUUAAGGUUUCACUGUACUACUUUCAUGUGUGAGCUGGGGCAAAACGGUAAUUCCAGCAUAUGUACGCAGCAGUACUGUAGUCUAUGUGGAAUUAUAAAAAGUGGGUUCUCACAUAAGAUGGACGGAAUUUCCAUGCAACCGACCAGCUGGAGGGGACACGUGUCGGUACCUGAGGAGAUCGAGGAAGAAUUCGGGUUCAUGAACGUGAAGCGUGCGAUGCUGGUGUGUCGGGUUAUUGCGGGUCGAAUCGGGUGUGAUCCGGGCUAUGUGGAUAAAGAGGAUUCCGGGUUUGAUUCGUUGGUGGGGAGGGAAAAUGGGUCUCACACGAGAUUGGAUGAAGAAGAUGAACUAUUGGUAUAUAAUUCAAGGGCUGUACUUCCUUGUUUUGUUAUAGUGUAUACUGUAUGAUCAGUGAUUGUAAUAAUGUUUUAUGUGCUAUGUUCGCUGACCGCGAUGAAGUCUUAGGUUUUACCUAUGAAGUCUCGGGUUCGAAUCGAUUUCUGAUUUCCAAUGUGACUGCAUCUCAAUGGUGAUGUUAUGCACUUUUUUCCCUUUUUAGGUUAAAGUAAUUUUAUUACAAUAGAGCAUGUUUGUGAGAGUACCUUACGUUCUAAAAUUGAGUUGAAGUUAUGUAUAUUGUCAAUGUAAAUAGUUGUUUAUGCUAUCAGGUUAUUUUUCA